AUGAUACGAUACAUUGCGCAUACUUACAACUAUCGACCUCUCGACGUUGGUAAGCAGGAAAUCCGCAUCCUCUCGAUCAGCCCACAGCGGCUCGAUGAUCAGUCGCCUCUCCAAGGUCAUCUGCAGCAUGUGUCACUUCUGCACGACAACAUCGAAAAGAUCAUCCCAAUUUCCUACGUUUGGGGCAGCCCUAAUGAUAAGAAGAAAUUGCUGAUCGACGGGCUGCCUCUUGAUAUCCCCGCGAGCGCUGACAUUACCCUUCGCCAUUUCGUACAUUAUCUCAACUAUGGCCCUGGCAAAGACGACACAAAAGAGCUCUCGAAGAGACCAUUCUGGCUGGACUCCGUGUGUAUCAAUCAAGGCGACUUUGGAGAGCGAGCUCAGCAAGUCCGACUUAUGAAAGACAUCUAUUCGGACGCUGCGCUCACAUUCAUAUGGCUUGGCGAGGAUACCGACCUGACAGCAGAACUGGGAGCUCAGGCUCUGAGGAAUUACUACAAAAGGGACGAUGACGUGGAUGACUGGACAAGCUCCAUUCUGACCGUGUCUUGGGAAGAGCGCAAAGCAUUAUCCACUUUCUUUACCUCACCUUGGUAUGAACGCACGUGGACGCUCCAAGAGGCCGUCCUGCCGUCAGAUGUCUGGUUUUUCAAAGGUCUGCAUGCGGUAGAUUGGGCUGUGAUCAAUUGCUUCGCUCCCACCCGUCACCUGUCUCUUCUCUUGCCCGGCGAGCUAGGGUGGACUAAAGAGCAGGAGCAGGGUUUUCAUGACGCCGGGAUGAUAUUUGAGAUUGACCUCCUGGGAGGCAAGAGGAUUGAGAACCGCCUACCGCUGACGGCGCAUUUGAAGUCGACUGACCCGCUUGACAAGGUGUAUGGACUGCUGGGGAUGCUUGAGACGUCGAUACCGGAUGGAGUGACCGUCGACUAUCGCUUGCCAGCUGCAACAGUAUUUGCUGCUGCUACAAGGUCCGCCGUGGCACGGAAGGAAGGCAUUGUCAUCCUCAGGGAGACGCUCAUCAGAGUGCCACCUGUCGUCGAUCUGGUUGGUGGUAAAUUUCCCUCGUGGGCCGUUCGAUGUCACUGGAAACGAAGAUAUCGGCAACUAAUCCCUAGCAGCUGCAUUAAGCUGCCCGCGAUAUGUCACGACAACUAUGGGUAUGUUGAUGUCGGAGAUCCCAACGUGAUUCGAGUACGAGGUGUGUCGUGGGGCGUAAUCCAGCAUGAUCCAGUCCAGAUCGUCAACAAUCCAACCCACUGUUUUCCGGCAACCUCUAGAAGGUCAGUGAAUGCUCGGUCGCUUCGAGCGAUCUGGGAUGCCGCUUGGUCGACAACACCUCAGAAUGAGGUCGAAUGUCUUCCAGAGCGAACUUGGAACGUAAUAACCAGAGGGACAGUCGUAAUGGAAUACACGAGGUCCAACAAAGCCUUCAAAGUUAUGCUUGACCGUCGGCAUGAGUCCGUUGCGUGGGAGGAGCCCGUGCCGGACGAUGUGAUCAAAGAUAGCGCGCACCCAGCGCUGGAGCAAAUCCUCGAGAAAGGCCGCGAGAGGAGCUUCGUGGUAGCAGACAGCGGACUCCUUGGAGCGGCAUGGCACACAGUCAAGGGAGGCGAUUCGAUUGUCAUGAUUUUUGGCUGCGACAUACCGCUCGUUCUCCGGCCGGAUGGUGAUCGUUGGGUGUCGAUUGGCGACGUAUAUGUGUACGAUGCGAUGGCUGGUGAGCCCGUAGUAGAACUAGAAAAGAGGGGACAGCUUGAUGAGCAGAUGCAAUGGUUUGACAUUCAUUGA